UUCUCAACCGGCAGGGGGAUGGUGCAUCAAAAACCAGAAGUUCUCUGUGUUUUAACUUUUGAGAUUUUUUUUUCCACCCUGAAGUCUCCCUCUUCUUGGUUGGUUUAUUCUCCUAACUACCAACCAAGAAGCAUGCACAUUUCUUUUUCUGCAUAGCUUCUCAUCUCCCAACCUUGUCAUCUUGAUAUAUUCAUGUGUUCUACCUCUCCAUUUUGAGGUUUUAUGGUUUCAACAUUAGGGUGGCCAAUAAGGUCAUGUGAUGAUUACUUUAAUAAUUUGUUCUGAAGAUAGCCAGGUAGAAACUGUUAGUAGCUUCCACUGAAGAUUAAAAGCACCAGCAACUUUUGGGUGGAGGGUUUCUGGUGCAAAAAUAUCAUCGAGUUUCAUCCAUAAUCAUUAAUGUCGACCAAGGUCAAAGGCCUCCUUAAAGGACUUCGAUACAUAUCCCAAAUAUUUGAUGAGAAAGAGGAAGAGAUUCAAAUUGGAUUCCCAACAGAUGUGAAGCACGUGGCACAUAUUGGAUCAGAUGAUCCAUCAGCAAAUGCACCAAGCUGGAUGGGCGACUUCAAAACGCCUAAAGAUGGAACAAUAAACGCCCCUGAGGCACCUGAAGAACAUCACAAUACAAAGGACAAACCGUCUAAGAUUCGACAUUUGAUUCCCAAGUCGAGACACCAAUCCAUCGACACUGAAUCCAACACGGCGAAGAAGCACACGCGCCGCCACCACCGAGCAUCAGAUCCAUCUGCGGACUCCUCCACACACGAUUCAUCGUCGGGUGGCUCUAGACACAGGCGGCACCGUCGCGGCUCGAACCAUGGCUCUGAUUCGCCAUCGCAGGACGCUCCAGCGUCGGGCAGUAAACACGGUCACCGGAGGAAAUCGAAGAACUCCGAAGACGGUGGUUCGGUGCGAAAGCCAUCGUCCAGAAGGUCAUCCAAAGGGGAUUCGCUAACUGAAAUCUCUCUUUCGGAUUUUGGGUCGGGUGAAUCUGGAUCCGGGUUGGCCCGAUAGAGUUUUAAAUUGAGUGAGUAAGAGAGAGAGAAAGUGAUGCUCAUCAUCUCAAGAGUUAAUUAAUUAGGGAGUCAAGAAGGGAAGGUAAAUUUGUUCGUUUUACAAGUUGUAAAUUACAUAUUUUUGGUGCAAUCUUUUAAUUGGGAUGUGGCUUCGGUCCUUUUCUUACCA